AUUGAAAUGUCAUUGGCAUCGUUUUAGGAUUGUUGCUUUAUAAUUUAAAUUUUAGUAUACUGUUUCUAUUUAUUUUAAAAAUCUUUGUGUGAUUAUAAUGUAAGUGAUCAUGUCCAACGAUUUAUCAGAUAAGUCAAGAAUACAAGACAUAAUAGAAGCAGCGAGAAUGCCAUUAAAAUGCCGCAUCCCGCGCAGCGUUCGCACCGACAAGCGGGGGAUAGUACCAUUCUCAGUUAACAGGACCAAACUCAACAAUACAGAUGUGAAGCAGAGGUCGAUAAGUCGUGGUAGGACAGAGAAGGCGCAAGUCAAUGAUAUGACACGGUCAGCUCGGCUAGAGCGGGACAGGAUCUCCUCAGCCUUGAAAGUAAGAUUAAUGGCAUCCCUUACAUUAUCUUUGAAGAUAACAGAGACGACUAAAAUCCAGUUGGUGGCAUUAUAA